CCACUGGCUCCACAUAUGGCUCGUCUCAGAAGGAGGAGGGCGCUGCUUCAGGAGGAGCAUCCUAUGCAAAGAGGUAUCUAGAUGAUCAGAAGACAGAGAAUGGGAAGGAUAAGGAGCAGAAACAAACCAGUACCGAUAAAGAGAAAAUGAAAGAGAAAGGGAACUUCUCUGACACAGGUUUGGGUGAUGCAAAAAUGAAAUCCGAUCUAUUUGGUCCCAAAACUGAUUCUGAGAAGCCCUUCCGGGGCAGCCAAUCUCCCAAAAGGUAUAAGCUCCGGGAUGACUUUGAGAAGAAGAUGACCGACUUCCAUAAGGACGACACGGAUGACCAGGAGAAGGACAAGGCAAAGGGGAGGAAGGAGUCCGAAAUGGGCGAUGAACCCAGAUUCAUGUCUAAAGUGAUAUCGGGCUCAAACAAGAGCCAGGAGGAGGAGAAAUGCGGCAAGUGGGAGGGCCUGGUGUACGCGCCUCCAGGGAAGGAGAAGCAGAGGAAAGCAGAGGAGCUGGAGGAGGAGUCUUUCACAGAGAGAUCCAAAAAGGAGGACCGGGGAGGGACCAAGAGAGCCGAGAGCGGGCACAGGGGCUUUGUGCCCGAGAAGAAUUUCCGAGUGACUGCUUACAAAGCGGUCCAGGAGAAAAGCUCAUCGCCUCCCCCAAGAAAGACCUCCGAGAGCCGUGACAAGCUGGGAGCCAAAGGAGACUUUUCCUCAGGGAAGUCCUCCUUCUCCAUCACUCGCGAGGCCCACGUCAGUGUCCGGAUGGACUCCUUCGAUGAGGACCUUGCGCGACCCAGUGGCUUACUGGCUCAGGAACGCAAGCUUUGUCGGGAUCUAGUCCAUAGCAACAAAAAGGAACAGGAGUUCCGCUCCAUUUUCCAGCACAUACAGUCGGCCCAGUCUCAGCGCAGCCCCUCGGAGCUGUUCGCUCAGCAUAUUGUGACCAUCGUUCACCAUGUCAAAGAGCAUCACUUUGGGUCCUCAGGAAUGACUUUGCAUGAACGCUUUACUAAGUACUUAAAAAGAGGAACUGAGCAGGAAGCAGCUAAAAACAAGAAAAGCCCAGAAAUACACAGGAGGAUAGACAUUUCCCCCAGUACAUUCAGAAAACAUGGUUUGGCUCAUGAUGAGAUGAAAAGUCCCCGGGAACCUGGCUACAAGGGUGAGGGAAAAUACAAAGAUGAUCCUGUCGAUCUGCGCCUUGAUAUUGAACGUCGUAAAAAACAUAAGGAGAGAGAUCUUAAACGAGGCAAAUCAAGAGAGUCAGUGGAUUCCCGAGACUCGAGCCACUCGAGGGAAAGGUCAGCUGAGAAAACUGAGAAAGCUCACAAAGGAUCAAAGAAGCAGAAGAAGCACCGGAGAACACGAGACCGGUCCAGAUCCUCCUCCUCCUCCUCGCAGUCAUCUCACUCUUACAAAGCAGAAGAGUACACCGAGGAAGCAGAGGAGAGGGAAGAGAGCACCACGGGCUUCGACAAAUCGAGGCUGGGGACCAAGGACUUCGUGGGUCCAAGCGAGAGGGGCGGCGGCAGAGCUCGAGGAGCCUUCCAAUUCAGAGCCCGAGGGAGAGGCUGGGGCCGAGGCAACUACUCCGGUAACAACAACAACAACAGCAACAACGACUUCCAGAAGAGAAGCCGGGAGGAAGAGUGGGACCCAGAGUACACACCCAAAAGCAAGAAGUAUUACUUGCACGAUGACCGCGAAGGCGAAGGCAGUGACAAGUGGGUGAGCCGGGGCCGGGGCCGAGGCGCCUUUCCCCGGGGUCGAGGCCGAUUCAUGUUCCGGAAAUCUAGCACCAGCCCCAAAUGGGCCCAUGACAAGUUCAGUGGGGAGGAAGGGGAGAUCGAAGACGACGAGAGUGGGACAGAGAACCGAGAAGAGAAGGAUAGCCUUCAGCCCACGACUGAGUAGGGGCCGCUCUUGGUGGGAGCCCUGGCCCAGGGAGAGGCGCUGGGAAGACGCGGGUGAGAGCUGACAGAGGAGCCUCAAGAAGAUUCUGAGCCCCACCCCCUCCAGCCCUGCAGAGUCCUACUACAGCCCGCGGCACCCUGGCCCUGCGUCCCACUGGACCGAAGAGGCCACCGCAGAGCCUGGGUGGGCCCAGCUCCCACGUCGGGCUGUAGCUGUCUCUCCUGUUGGUGUGUGGGGUGGGCCGGGCUAGGGCGGGAGAGUGAUGCUUGGAUUUUGGUUUGUUCCCUAUUAGAAACCAACAGUUUUGUUCUUAAUUUCAUUUGGAGCUAAGAGGACUAAUUUGAUGAUUUUCCAAUAUCUUCUUCCUGUCCUGAUUUAAAAAAAAAAAAAAA